UCGAACCCUGUACAAAGAGGUCAGGUGAAGACAAUAUUGGGGGUGUGAGUGGAUUUGACCAGCUUCAAGCACACUAGUGAAUGCACCAUGUCCUAGUCUCAUCCAUACACACGUGCUGAGUGCCUCACUUUAGGAUUUCUACUCUUAGUAAUAUCUCUGCCAUGUGCCCAUCGAAAACACAGACGGUCGUGAGUGGUCACGUGAUCAGCCACCACGACAUGGACGGAAGUGACGCCGCGUCCAGCAUAAUCAAGCACGGCCUGUGUGUGUCGGCUUACCUCCUCUUGAUCUAUGUGAACGUCGUCCUCAUCGUCGACAGUACGGACAACACCACGGUGCCCUACCCUUCCCAAACAUACGGGCUCCUCGGCUCGGUGCUUCUGUACAUCCUGCGCUUCCUGCCUCUUCUCCCUCUUCUGUUCUGCAUCUUCAACUUUCUGGGCAUCGUCUGCAUCAACACGUUCCCGGCGAAACCCAAACUGCAGUACUCGCCCUUGGUCUGCUCGUUCGUGUGCUUUCGGGUCGUGACCCGGGGCCAGUACCGGACAUUAAUCCUAGACAACGUGGAGAAAAAUAUCGGCACGUGCGGGCGCGUGGGACUGAAAAAUUUCAUGUUUGAGGUGGUGACAGACCAGGCACUGAACCUGCCCAGCAUGGAAAGAGUGCGUGAGGUGGUGGUCCCAGCAGACUUUCGACCCAAGAACGGUUCGCUAUUCAAGGCCCGAGCCUUGCAGUACUGUCUGGAACCGGGCGUGGACACACUGGGCGACGAGGACUGGAUCGUUCAUCUGGAUGAGGAGACCCUCAUCACGGAGGACGCUGUUGUGGGCAUCGUUAAUUUCAUAUCCACUGGCAGCCGGCACCAGUUCGGGCAGGGCGUGGUGACCUACAGCAAGGUGCGCAUCGUCAACUGGCUGACGACACUGGCUGAAAGUGUGCGGGUGGGCUUCGACCUGGGCGUCAUCCGCUUCACCCUCAAGGUUUUGCACAAGCCCGUGUUUGGGUGGAAGGGCUCAUUCGUUGUAGCUAAAGCUGCUGCGGAGAGGAGCAUCUCGUUCGACCACGGGCCUGAGGCCUCGGUGGCGGAGGAUUGCUUCUUCGCCAUGGUGGCCUUUGCGCGCGGGUUCAGCUUCGACUUUGUGGAGGGCGAGAUGCUGGAGCAGAGUGCCUUCACUAUUCCCGAUUACCUCCGGCAGAGGCAGCGCUCGCAAGGCAUCUUCCUCACGGCCUGCAGCUAG